ACGCAUGCCCAGUGGAGCUGUCUUUCGGCAGGAAAAUGGUUUCUGUUAAGAUGCAGUCGUCUGUGUUGUCACUGUUACUGCUGAACGGUUUCUACAGUGUCGUGUCCUCUCUGUACUUUCACAUCGGAGAGACCGAGAAGAAAUGUUUUAUAGAGGAAAUCCCUGAUGAGACGAUGAUCAUCGGGAACUAUCGGACUCAACUGUAUGACAAACAGAGAGAAGAGUACCUGCCGGCCACUCAGGGGCUGGGGAUGUUUGUGGAGGUCAAAGAUCCUGAUGAUAAGGUGAUUCUGUCCCGGCAGUACGGCUCAGAGGGAAGGUUCACCUUCACGUCACACACACCUGGAGAGCAUCAGAUCUGUCUGCACUCCAACUCCUCUAAGUUCUCCCUGUUUGCUGGAGGCAUGCUGAGGGUUCACCUGGAUAUCCAGGUGGGCGAACAUGCCAACAACUACGCUGAGAUCGCCGCCAAAGACAAACUGACAGAGCUACAGCUGAGAGUACGGCAAUUGGUGGAGCAAGUCGACCAGAUCCAGAAGGAGCAGAACUACCAGAGGUACCGUGAGGAGCGUUUCCGUCAGACCAGUGAGAGUACCAACCAGCGGGUUCUCUGGUGGUCCAUCGUCCAGACUCUCAUCCUGGUGGCCAUCGGCAUCUGGCAGAUGAGACACCUCAAGAGCUUCUUCGAGGCCAAGAAACUGGUGUAACUUUUCUUCAGGGGAGUGUGUGUGUGUGUGUGUGUGUGUGUGUGUGUGUGUGUGUGUGUGUGUGUGUGUGUGUAUGUAUAUGUUGUGCCUCUACUGAUUGAUUCAGAACUGAGCAGCAGCAUUCACCAGUGAGGAGACGAGACGUAGUGAAGUCCAGCUUCUGCACAAUUCGGCAUGAAAACAUCUUUGAUUAUUGAUGAUAAUAUUCUCAGUGUUUGGUAAUGAGCCCCUCAUAUUUGCAGUUGACUGUCAGCUAACAUGUGACAUCUUAUUUAUUCCAUAGGUUUUCUUCUGCUGCACUGGGUCAUAUGAACAAAACAAGUCAACCUUUACCAGCCAGACAGUUUUGUAUUUGAUGAAUGAUGAAUUUUAUUAUUAUUAUUAUCAUCAUCAUUAAUUAGCCCUGUUUUUCCUUUCAUAACUCAAAGAUGUGGCCUCCAGAGUUGUUGUUCAGUGUCACGCAGGAUGAAACAACAGUUUGGUUUUGGUGAAACCCCAAUUAAAAGCAGGCACUUUAAUCUGUAAAAUCAGUUUUGAGAUAUUAAAUACCAUGCAGGAGCGUCUUAACCUGAACAUAGCUAAAAAUAUUCAAAGAAUAAACUGUUCAUGUUGAUGAUGAUGAUUGAUUAGACGCUCCUCCCAACUUCCUGAUAUGCUUCCCCACACUCUUCAGGAGGUUAAACUGCAUCCUGUGGAGGUGGGCUUUCUGUUUUUUCAGGAACACAGUAUCUGACUGGUCUCCAUCAAACACACAUGAACUUGUAUUCAAAAGUAUAUCAUAACUCAUUAUUGGACCACUGGAUUUCAGACAUGUUUCUAACAUGUACAGCUUUUGAAUAAUCUGUCUGAAUUUUGGCUUUGCUGAUUAAAACACCUGAAAAAGUGGACACUGCAAAGAAGAUAACCAGGUUUCACGUUCCACUGGCUGACAGAUUUUCAUGUUUUUAAGUACCUACAGUAAAUUUUGAGCCAAGUGUAGUUUGGUAUCUCUGCUAUCAGAUUCAGUUUAUAUGACAUUGAACCAAAUGAGGCAUUUUCUGUGUUACUGCAUGUGAGUGGAUCUCCGUUUUGACUGUGUCCAAACUGAAUGUUUAAAUGUUUCUUUUUUCUGGAUUUUGUCUCAGUGCUCGUUUGCUGAUCUGUUUAUACUCUGCUUGUUUUGUUUUGUUUGCUUUUUUAAAUCUGUCUCAGAUGUUGAUGGAAACACAGACAAGAAUGUUCAGAUGGGACUUUUUUUAAGCCUAUCAGCACUACCAGAGAUGCCUCCCUGUGUGGAUCCAUACCUUGUAUGGAUCUGUUCUUAUUGUGAAUAGUUUCUAUUGACUAGAAACCAGUCACUUAAAGGAAAACAAUCAAAAGAAGUAUUAAGGGGUUUCAGUCAGGACACCAGUGGAACAACCUUCAGCUGUGAGUGUUUGUCAGUGACGUCAGUCACUGAACUCUCAACUGACGACUUAUCAGAAAGCCACACUGAAUGGAUCUGUUGAAGAAAAACGUUAACUGUAAUGCUGCAUUCGAUUUGUACUUGUAAGUCGUAACACCGGACUCAGAGUGGUACCGCAUCUGUUAAAAACUAAGUUGGAUGCAUUCUGUUUCCCGUAACACAAGCCAGCUCGUUUAUAAUGUUAUUCAGUCAUUGUUGUUAUGGCAACAUUGACCGGUUACAAGCAGCACCACAAAGACCCGAAUCAUAACAUAUUCAUAUUCAAUUAGAAGAAACCUGUGGAAUAAAUCAGAACCUGAGGAGUGUCCAUCAGCUGACGUAUUUUUAAGAAGCUUCAGAGGAAGGUGGCAGAUUUUUGACACUGUCAGUCUAGUCUCACUUUAAAGGUUUUACCUCUUCCACUAUUAAGAUUUUGUUCCUUUAUAUUCUUUUAAUUCCCUUCUUUCUUUCUUUUGGUUUGUGUUAACAUGGUUUCAUGUUACUGGUAGAUUUCAGAAGUGUUUUCCUGGGUUAGAAUGUAAAUCAAUUGAAUUGGACUGGAAGAGGGGCUUGAAUUUAUUUAAAUUUUAGAGAGACUGUCCAUGUGAAAUCUGUCUGAAAUUGCACUCAGAAAUAAAGUUUUUGUCACAUUUGGUUUAAA